UUUAACCUCUUUAAUUUAACCUCGAAAGUCGAACGUCUUGAACUUUCGUGCUAAUGAAAUGUUUAUAUUUAAUAAUGUAUCAUUAGAUUGAUGAAUCUUUACCAAACUUGCUUUUUUGAUCUUUGAUGAGAUCUACUGAAAGACAACAUUACGAAAGAUAAUUGAUUCUCUGGAAUAAUAGAUGAAAGGUGGAUAAUGGUCAGUCUAAAGAAGUGCCGUGACAACAUAUUGUUCAAUUCUGGAAAAAAACUUAUUAUUUUCAACGGGGACAAUAUCAAAACAGUGAAUUUACCAGAACCCGCACACAAUUUGGAUAAACGAGGAGAAAAAAAUGUCAAAGAUAUUAAUGAUUUCAACAUAUCGUGUUUUUCUGUUUCAAGAGACCAUAAAUUUAUUGCUAUAUCCUUUGAGAAUAAAGAGGUAAUGAUAAUGAAUGAAUAUUUUGAGCUCUUAAGAAAAUUUGUGGUAGCUAGGACAACCAGUGCUAUGAGCUUUACCUCUUCAAAUUCAUUAAUAGUGGCCGAUAAAACUGGUGAUGUUUUCUUGUACGAUUUAAAAGAGGAUGCAAUGACGCCAGUACUUAUGCUUGGACAUUUGAGUGUUGUUUUGGAUGUAGCUUUGACAGAUUGUGAAAAAUAUGUUAUAACUUGUGAUAGGGAUGAAAAAAUCAGAGUCUCCAAGUUUCCUAAUUCAUACAAUAUUCAAAGUUUUUGUCUUGGACAUGAAAAAUUUGUAUUGUCUGUAAAGGUUCUGCAAAAUAAAUUAAUUUCAGCAUCAGGAGAUGGCAUGGUGAGGUUUUGGAAUUAUUUAGAUGGUAAACAACUUGCUGUUUUGAAUACUAAUGAUUAUAUCAAUGACCACAUCAUUAACCAGUUCAAAGAUGAAAUGAAUUCACAAGAUGUAGAAGUAUUUGCCUUACCUAUAACUGAUAUGCAAUGUUUUUCUACAGAAAAUUACAUUUAUAUAGGUAUAUCUUUAUUUGGGUACCAGAAGCUAUUAUUGUUUUCUUUGAAUCCUGUAAGUUUGAAGGUGAAUUUCUGUAAACAUGUUUAUAUUGGAGAGUCAUUCUCUUUCUAUUUAGAUGAUAAUUUAUUGUUUUUGACAAAAACUAACAUAUUGUGUCUGAAGUUGGAGAAUGAUAAUUAUAAAGGAGAAGUUCAAAAUCUUAUAGAUAUUGAUGAUGUACAUGACUUGCAUCUGAAAAGUGCAUUUGAUAUAGGUCUCUUUUAUAAAAAGAAAUUCGAUAAUGUUGAGGAAUAUAUUGAAAGAAAAAAAGCUCGUUUGAAAUUAAAAUGAUAGACAGAA